GACGGCGUCGAGGACGAUGGCGGCGGCGCUGCUCAUCGUGGCCAUGCUCGCCCUGCUGCCGGUCGCCCCCGCCAGGAAGCACCAACAGCUGCAGCAGCUGCAGUCGUCCCAGUCGUCCCCCGAGCCCGCGGAUCCCCUGCCGCGGCCCGAGGAAGCACCGGAACUACCGGCCAGGAACUCCCCUAGCGCGCCCGGCGUCCAGCCCAGACGGAGGAACAAGAGCAGGGCGCAGCAACAGCAGCAACAACAGCAGCAACAACAACAGCAACAGCAGCAACAACAACAACGAGGCGCUGACGAGGAAGAUCCGAGAUUCGAUCUGCCGCCGCUCAACAAGGACCGGAAGCCCAACAUCGUGCUUAUCCUCACUGACGACCAGGACGUGGAGCUCGGCUCCCUGAACUUCAUGCCGCGCACCCAGCGCCUGCUCCGCGAGGGCGGCGCCGAGUUCAGGCACGCCUACGUGACGACGCCGAUGUGCUGCCCGUCGCGGUCUUCACUGCUCACGGGCAUGUACGUCCACAACCACCACACGUACACCAACAACGACAACUGCUCGUCGCCUGCCUGGCAGGCCACGCACGAGACCCGCACCUUCGCCACCUUCCUCGCCAACGCGGGCUACCGUACCGGCUACUUCGGCAAGUACUUGAACAAGUACAACGGCUCUUACAUCCCCCCCGGGUGGCGCGAGUGGGGCGGGCUCAUCAUGAACUCGCGCUACUACAACUACUCCAUCAACCUGAACGGCAAGCGGAUCAAGCACGGCGACGACUACCACAAGGACUACUACCCGGACCUGAUCGCCAACGACUCCAUCUCCUUCCUGCAGCAGUCCAAGCAGUACUUCUCCCACAAGCCCCUGGCCCUGGUGCUCAGCUUCCCUGCGCCGCACGGCCCCGAGGACUCGGCCCCGCAGUACAAGGACAUGUUCUUCAACGUCACCACACACCACACGCCGACGUACGACUACGCGCCCAACCUGGACAAGCAGUGGAUCCUGCAGGUGACGGGGAAGAUGAAGCCUGUCCACCGCGAGUUCACGGACCUCCUGAUGACCAAGCGGCUGCAGACUCUGCAGAGCGUCGACGUGGCCGUGGACAGGGUGUACAAGGAGCUGGAGGCCAUGGGGGAGCUGGACAACACGUACAUCAUCUACACGUCCGACCACGGCUACCACCUGGGCCAGUUCGGUCUCGUCAAGGGCAAGUCGUUCCCCUUCGAGUUCGACGUCCGGGUGCCGUUCCUGGUGCGGGGCCCUGGGGUGGAGCCAGGCACUGUGGUGGACGAGAUCGUCCUCAACAUCGACCUCGCCCCCACGUUCCUGGACAUGGCCGGAGUGGAGGCGCCCCCCGCCAUGGACGGCCGCUCCAUCCUGCGCCUCCUGCAGCUCAAGGGGAGCCGCAGGAGGAAGAAGCUGCGCUGGCCUGACACGUUUCUCAUUGAGAGUAGUGGCAGGCGAGAAAGUCCUGAGUCGAUUGCAGAGGCAAGGAGCAAGUGGGAAAAUUUCCUUCGUGCACAACAGCAGAACGCUACGCAAGCAGAGGCCAACACCAGCUCACUUCUCUUGAGCACAACAGCAAAGCCAAUUGUACCAACUGACAGUAGUCAACAAGAAGAGGGUUCGGAAGAAGCAACAAAUACUGAUGAUGAAGAGGAAAAUGAAGAUGAGCUUGAUGAAGAGGAUAAUGAUAACAAUGAUAAUUUGGCCAAUUCAAAAGGAAAUAAUUCUUUAAUCCGAUUACCUCAAGAAGAGCUACUUGGUCCUUUACAGCCGGACACACAGCUGGACAAUAGGGUUGUACCUGUUCUCCAUCCAGUUGAAAAUUCCAGUCCUUCAAAGCAUGAGCGACUGGCUGUUGAAUGUCAGCGUCCUGAAAUGCAGCUCCCCUGUCGGUAUGGCCAGAAGUGGCAGUGUGUUUUAGAAGGCAGCCGAUGGCGCAAACAUAAGUGCAAGUUUCAGGGGUCUCUUUCCUUUCGUUCCUCUUUGUCUCGGGACUCUAAUGGGGGCAAGCGAUGCGCAUGCUUCACUCCUUCUGGCCUUCUGUACACCAGAUCAGAACCAGAAGACAGGCAUGCUCACAGAUCAUCACCUAAGAAUGACAACCACAAAGAUCUUCGAAAUUAUCGAGGUAGAUAUGGGCAGUUUGGUCAAGAUUCUUACAGUGAUAUUUUACCCCACCGUUGGAAAAGAGAUUCAGUUGAUCAUCUAAGCAACUUAAUUGAUUCUACUUUGGAUGGAAAUGUUGCUGUCAAGUUGGGUGAGCGAUUCAGGCAAAGUUUCAUUUCGAGCAGAAAUGCUGUGAAUGUGGAGCGCGUAAAACGACAAGUUAGUGAACCUCUUGACCAUGUGGCAGCAAUUAUGGAGGAUAUUAAGAAAGAAAUGCAUAGCCUUGAGCAGGCCUCAGAAAAAUCAAGGAGUUUGGAAUCGGGAGCAGAAAGUGACCCAUCAGGGCAGGACACCAGUAAUUCAUCUGUCAUUACCCCGGGCUGCAUAGUGUCCUCAUCUGGAGAUAUCAACUGCAGAAAUGCUGUGUACACUGACCCAAAAGUGUGGAGAGCAAACAGAGAAAAUGUUGAUGAGCAGAUUCGUAAUCUGCGUUUACAACUUGAAAGUCUGAAGGAAAUUCGAAAACACUUGAGAGAGAAACGCCCACAUCCAUCUUCUUUCCAUAUAACGGGUGAAGAUGAGGAGGAAUCUGACAUUGCUGGAGUUGAAGCGACAUUUUCUAGUACUUGGCAGCAGCAGCAGCAGCAGCAUCACAGUCAUCGUCAACACCAUGGAGAAAAUCAAGGUCAUCGAAGAGGGAAGCCUGGAACCUUGGCUUCUACCACUCCCAUGUCCCCUGAAGAAACAGUCCCUAUCACAUCUGUUAGCAAUAAAUCUAGCUCUAGCCAAACUCCCAAAGAAAUCCACCAUGGUUUAAAAACUGUUGUGAAUGAAGAAUCUGCAACAGUUGGUCAAUCAUGGAAUGCCGAAUCAACUCGAUUCCAAGACACCACAGCAAAGAACAAAAUCUUCUACAAAGGAAAUUCCGGAAUGAACUCAGCACCUGGUCGAAUCGAUGUGACUGUCAUUCGUCCAACUGGUACUCCAGGAAAUAGGAGACCUGUCAUGGCCCUGCCUGAACCCCAGCACGAACAACAUACUUGCUACUGUGAGCCAGAGCUAUCACCAAGACAAAAAGAAAAGGAGGCAGCCCGCAGAGACAGAUGGCGCGCUAAGGAGGAACGAUUGAGGAAGAAAGAGAGAAAGCUGAAAAGAAAAGCAAAAAUGGAGAAAGAAUGUUUGUCAGAGCGUAUGAAUUGUUUCAAUCAUGACAAUGACCACUGGAGGACCCCCCCUUUGUGGACAUCUGGCCCUUUCUGUUUCUGCAUGAAUGCUAAUAAUAAUACGUACUCAUGUAUUAGAACAAUUAAUGCAACUCACAAUUUUCUAUACUGUGAGUUUGUGACCGGUCUUAUAACUUACUACAAUCUAAGACUUGAUCCAUUUGAACAGUGGAAUAGAGUUCACACUCUCAACUCAAGUGAGCUUUCAUAUCUCAAAGACCAAUUAGCUCAACUCAAGGCUUGCAAAGGCAAUCGCCAAUGCACUGUGGGAUCUGCAGCCGUGGGACCUCAUACACCCAUUGUAAAUCUUCCUGUGGCAGCACCAUCAGUUAGUCGAAAUGGAGCUACAAAUCGCACCAAUGGGAAAAAAAGAAAAUAUCAACAAACUUCAGAUGAAAAAGUAAAAAGGCGCUAUCCCUAUAGCCCUCAAAAUGGUGCAAGCUCUGAUCAAUCCAAAUCUUACAUUAAUGCCAAUUUUAAACUCACCAAAGUUUGGAACCGUAGAAGAAAAGUAUGGCCUUCACAUGGGCAGUGGCAGUCACAACAUCGGAGAGCGAAGGGAAGAUCGAAUCGGAAACCCUCCAUCCUUGUCUCCAGUACUUCCAGAAGUGGAGUGGAGAGCACUUCGCAGAGAGCACGAGUGGAUUGAUAGUUCUCAGCGUCAUCGACACAAGAGACGCCAUAGGCAGCACAAUAAAAAGCACGCACAUUAGUUCUGCCUGGUCAUUCACUGUUUUCUGUGAAGAAUAUCUGCAUUAUUUGACCUGGAUAUGUCAUGAUUCCUAUUUAGCACUGUGAUGUUUAUUGGAUGCUCUGCUCCCGUUUUACCAUUUUAAGUUUAUGUGACAGUGUAUGUAUGCAUUUAUACUUUUAAGUAGCUGAGUUUAUGUAUUAAGAGCUUUGUGAUCCCAGUUCUUGUAUGAUUAAGACUGAUUAAGUAAUCAUUUUUCUCUCCUGGUUUAAUUUAUGUAAACUGAACUACCCCAGGCAAACACUUCUGCUUAGUGUUUAUUUGCUAUGCUACUUGUUUUCUUGGUGCUUUAUAAAGUGCAUAUCAGUUGUUUUAGUUUUUCUCUUGUUAUAAUUGCGGAUUUUAUUAUUCUUUUAAAAAUAUCAUAUGAAGUAUAUAAUGAAGUAAUUUGCUACUGACUGAUAAAUCAUGAUUCUGAAAAAUAAUUAUGAUGAUUAUUUUAAUCUGAUUUGCUGCGUGCCCUUUGUACAGCCUGUUAAAGUAUAUAAGGAACACUGUGAUCUGUCAGAAGCUUUAUACCUGAUGUAUUUGAGCCACCUGAUAAUUUACUGCCAUAUAAUUUGUGUAUCUAUAAAGUCUGUAAAGUAUCAUGUGUGAAGUACUGUAAUCACAACUGUCUCUUACCAAAUUGUACACCACUAUAUCACUACUCUUUACAAUUUAAUUGUAAGGUUACUAGAUUUGGCAAGCAAUCUCUGCCUUUUGUAAGAACGCCUUUAAGUAUAAAUCUGUGUAAAAAGUAAAAUGCUUUGUAUAUUGCUCUGAGUUCAAAAUUUGUGUGAGUUCUGUAGUGACUGUAAUUUUUAUAUGUGCAUAAAGUUGUAUAUAACCAGAUGUAGUGCUCGUUUUUGGCUCUACUCUGUCAGAUGAGAAACAUGUACAUAGAACUUUUUAAUUUAUUAUUUAUUUAAUUCUCAUGUAAAGAGAGGUUUAUCUUCAAUUGUAUCCCUGAUAAUUUUUGGAGAUUAAACAAGCAUCCUCUGUA